UCAAUGAAGGGGCCGCGACCUCAGGGCUCCGCCUCCCCUGCCUUAUAGAGCGGCGGCGUUUCGCCCUCUCGCUCACUUCAGCUGGCCGCUUUGUGCUGCCCGGCGACGGCAAGAGGACACCAUCAUGGGAUGGGGCUGCGCUGCUCCCCGCCCGCGCCUGGUGCCGCCGCCGCUUCUCUCGCCCGCCUUCCAACAAGCAACAUGACUUUCCGCCAACUCUGCGAGGGGUGUUUCAACUCCACGACGGCCAUGGCCCCGCUUAGCAUCGCCGUGGCCAGGGAGAAGGGCAACACCACCACGGCUCAGCCCCAGGACCAGUGCGGCUCCGUCUCGGUGGUGUUCCCCUUGACGAUGAUGAUCACGGGCAUGGUGGGCAAUGGGCUGGCCAUGCUGCUAGUGUACAGAGCCUACCAUAAGAAGGCGAACCAGCGGAAGAAGUCCUUCUUGCUCUGCAUCGGCUCCCUGGCGCUGACCGACCUCACUGGGCAGCUUCUGACCAGUCCCAUCGUCAUCAAAGUGUACUUGGCCAACAGGAAGUGGCUGGUGGUUGACCCUUCCCUGCAUCUAUGCACCUUCUUUGGCUUGAGCAUGACUGUCUUUGGGCUCUGCCCCCUCUUCAUCGCCAGCGCCAUGGCCAUUGAGCGGACUUUGGCCAUCCGAGCUCCCCACUGGUACUCUGGCCAUAUGAAGACCAGGGUGACAAAGUCGGUCCUGCUCAGCGUGUGGAUGGCUGUCUUUGCUUUUGCUCUCCUGCCCGUCAUUGGCAUCGGGAAGUACACACUUCAGUGGCCGGGCACCUGGUGCUUCAUCAGCACCAGAGAUGGUGAUGGCCCCAGGGUGGGCAACAUCAUCUUUGCGUCGACAUUUGCUUUCUUGGGGCUCUUCUCCCUGAUCAUCACCAUGGCGUGCAACGUGGCGACCAUCAUCGCUUUGGUGUGUCGGUGCCGAUCCAAAAGCUCAGUGUCGCAAUCCAGGAGACAAUGGGGCAGAAUCACCAUGGAAACUCUGAUCCAGCUGCUGGGGAUCAUGUGUGUCCUCUUAGCCUGUUGGUCCCCACUCUUGAUUAUGAUGUUGAAAGUGACCUUCAACCACACGUCGAUGGAACAAUGCAGAGAGUGCUGCAACCAAACCCAAAGCACAGAACUGCCAACUGAGUGCAACUUCUUCUUGACCGCUAUCCGCUUGGCUUCAUUGAAUCAGAUCUUGGACCCCUGGGUUUACCUGCUGCUUAGGAAGAUCCUCCUGCGCAAGUUUUGUCAGAUAGCAAAUGCCAUCUCCUGCCACCGUAAGGAUGGGUGGAAAGGACGGCACAUCAUGUUAUCAGACAAAAUCAGACACACAGCAACAUGAAUAAACUUUCGUGUCAAAAACUUUCCAUGCAUUAUCCUGUACUUUCCUGUGAAUCUGGGCAUCUGGGGCAUGCCCAUUUUCCAUGUAAGUCAAUUGCAAGGAAAUGAUAAAUAUUCAGUGGACUAAAUUGGCAGAUCAUUGUAUUUUCAUUGCCAGAAAGAGUUAAAUUAUGAAGACAUGAGAAAGCUAACUUAACAACACAUUAGUCAUAUGUCAUUUGAAAUCAUAACUGAUAAGGCAACUUUCUGUACGUGUGCCAAAGACCUGAGGAUACUCCAGCUAUGUGGGAGGAGAAUAUUCCAAAAUCAGAAUUUUGGAUGUAUAAUUUGGCAAAGAAGUUAUUGUACAUUAAUAUGACUCUAAAAUUGUCAUAUUUCCUCUUAUUUUCAACCUUCUUUGUUACAGAUCAGUUUCACUCAGGACUUUUUACAUGUUAAUUCCAGGGGACAGGGCAGAAGUGAAGAAUUGAAGGUGUUAUGUGUUUUAAUAGGUUUGCUCUUUUUCUAAAAGUUGGAAAUCUAGAAAGAAGCCUGUGAUAAUUAUUCAUCUACAAUGAUAUUCAUUGUAGAUGAAUAUUGCAUCUAAGAGCCUUUCCAAAUGAGAGUUGGUUAUGCAUUGUAAAAAGUCAUCUAUUUUUGUUCAUUGUUAUUGUUCACUUAUUUUGAAGGAUCCAAAUAUCUUUUCUGAAUGAAGGAUUAUGUUGCAGAGAUAUUUGAAUUAUUCCAGAACUUGAACUAUAAUAUUUUGCCUCUGGGAAAAUGGGAUUCUUGCAUUAAUUGUUCACAUUGGUGCUGGGUGAAUAGUGUCCAUGACAUUCAUGCCCACAACACUGAUAACAAUGAGCAAGAGCUCUGUUUCCCCCAACUAUUGGUAAAGUGUAAAGUGUGCCAUCGAGUCGGUGUCGACUCCUGGUGAUCACAGAGCCCUGUAGUUUCUCUUUGGUAGAAUACAGGAGGGGUUUACCAUAGCCAUUUCCCACACAGUAUGAGAUUAUGUCUUUCAGCAUAGUCCUAUAUUGCUGCUGCCGGAUAUAGGUGUUUCCCAUAGUCUGGAAAACAUACCAGCGGGGAUUCAAACCGGCAACCUCAUGCUUGCUAGGCAAGUCAUAUUAUAUUAUCACCAUAUUGUUAUUUUUAAGUUUUAUGUAAUCUCUUUAAUAACUGCCUUGGGAUUGCUUUAAUGAAAGGCGGUAUAUAAAUUUAACAAUAAAUAAAUAAUAAAUAAAUAAAUAAUGUAGUCCAAAUGAGAUCUGUGCAUCAGUUGCUGAAACAUAGUGGCACAUUUUUGAGCUGAGCACACAGGAGACCCAUUGGACCCAAUGGAGCCCUUUCCCUUCUCUAUCUCUGUUUCUGUGGCCCAUAGGAACAUCCAGCUAUGUUGCUGUUCCUCGGAGCCACACACACAGGUUAUUUGUGCUCACAUUAAAAUAUACCUUACACAGUGUGAUCCUAGAUGAAUGCUGUUUGGGAAGAAGACGGGAAAAUGAGAUUAGGGAUUAUAUUAUUAUUAUUAUAUAUUCGAUUUCUAUACCCCUUCCAAAAAUGGCUCAGGGUGGUUUACACAGAGAAAUAACAAAUAAAUAAGAUAGAACCCUGCCCCCAAAGGGCUCACAAUCUAAAAAUAAACUUAAGAUAGAUACCAGCAACAGUCACUGGAGGUACUGUGCUAGGGCCAGUUACUCUCCCCCUGCUAAAUAAAGAUAAUCACCACAUUAAAAGGUGCCUCUUUGCCAAGUUAGCAGGGGAGGUGCCUCUUUGCCAGGGGAUGUGCAGAACUGGAUCAAAUCAAGUCCUUAACAGAUUCCCCUUUACAAGCAAGGUACUCAACCCGGUUCGACAGCACAAACCAAACCAUUUCGUGGAUCAGCAAUUCAGUUCAAAUUCAAACUGAACCACCGCAGACAGUUCCAUGCACACUCCCAACUGGGAUCCACUGAGCCCUAUCAAGAUGCUCCCCACUCAUGCUUCUCUGAUAGCCUGAAUUUUGCCCAAACAUUACUAUUGGAUAAUAACACCAUACAUAAUUCACUUAAUUGUUAUAAAGUGCGAUCCAAACUGAGUCUGAGUUCAAGAAGAAGGAAGAAAAAUCUGUCUUUGGUCUAUAUAGUCUUAAGCUGCUGUUCAUGUUGUAGCUUUAUAAUAAACUUCAUUGGACAUCA